GUGAACCUUGAACAACCUUGCGUCCUAGCCUCUCUCUCUCUCUCUCUCUCUCUCUCUCUCUCUCUCUCGUCCGCUCGAUCGUUUGUCGCCGGAAUCCGAAUUCGCCGGCGAAAUAGUCUUCGGUUAUCUCGCCGGCGUUACUAGACCCUGUCAAUUCCUCGAUCCCGUUUCCGAUUAACUAAUCGAUUAAUCAGAAAUGGCGUUCUUGUUCUUCUAGGUCUUCAUUGGACCAAAACCCUCUUGAUCAACGACACAACAAUUUACCUUUACCUCUUACAGUUCUUUGUCAAGUUUGCAGUUAUGGCGAUUAGAGUUACUUUCACCUACUCCGGCUACGUUGCCCGGAAUCUCGCUUCCUCCGCCGGGAUUCGUGUCGGCACCGGCGACUUCCGCUCCUGCCUUGAGUGCUUUGUCCGACCCAGACUCUUCGGACACAACCAGAAGACGGAUCUGGACAAGUCUCCCGGUUCCAAACCGUGGUUCACCGGAUCCAAAUCCCGGUUCCGACCAGCUUCCAUGUACAGCACCAUCGCGAGGGAAAUUCUCGGAGAAGAUUCCCAGAGCCCGCUUGUGAUGGGUCUGAUCUCGAUCAUGAAGUCAACGGCAGGCGCUCCCGAGUCUUCGGGGAUGAGCGUCUUGGGAAUUUCGCCCUUCAAGGCCUCGUCUAUCAUCCCCUUCCUCCAAGGGUCAAAGUGGCUUCCGUGUAACAAUCCGGCAACGACGUCGCCGGAUAUUGAUGAUGUUGACAGGGGAGGAACGACGGCGUGUAGAGGGGUCAGUAUGAAUUUGGAGCUGAAUGAUAAGGAUUUUGGUGGGAAGAGUGUAGGAUGGGUCAACAAGCUCUUGAAUUUCUGCUCGGAGGAUGCGAAGGCAGCUUUCACGGCGAUGACUGUGACUUUGCUUUUCCGGUCGGCUCUGGCGGAGCCGAAGUCGAUCCCGUCCAUGUCUAUGUACCCGACCUUAGAUGUGGGUGAUCGAAUUCUUGCAGAGAAGGUUUCAUAUAUUUUCAGGAAGCCCGAGGUUUCGGAUAUAGUGAUCUUUAAGGCUCCUCCCAUCUUGCAGGAAUGGGGUUACAGUUCUGAUGAUGUGUUCAUAAAGAGGAUAGUUGCGAAAGAAGGUGACUGUGUCGAAGUCCGUGACGGGAAGCUCUUUGUGAACGGCACUGUUCGAGAAGAAGAUUUUGUGUUGGAACCACUUUCAUAUGAGUUGGAACCAGUGCUUGUCCCUGAAGGGUGCGUCUUUGUUCUAGGAGACAACCGCAACAAGAGCCUCGAUUCUCAUAACUGGGGUCCACUCCCGGUAGAGAACAUCGUCGGUAGAUCAGUGUUUCGGUAUUGGCCUCCAAGCAGAGUAUCCGACACCAUUAACCCUGACCCGGUUCUUACAAAAAGUGCUGUUGAGGUUUCGUGACAGACAAAUGCAGAUGAAAGCUUUGCUAUGAUCAAUUUGUCGGAUCGAUCUCUGAAGUGAAUUGGGUUUUUAGGGUUCAAACAGAAAUUGAAGAGAGGAAGCUGCUCCAACCAUUUUGGUCAAGCUUCCAUGGAUGGUGCUUUGGCGAUUUUCAAAGGACGCCCUCUCGUCGUCCAUUGGUUUUUUAAUGCAUCUUCCCGGUUUGUCUGAACCGGACAUAAGGUUUUCUCUAUCCCUCCGCAUAUGAUAUGAAAAGUAAAGGGAAAAUGCAAAAAAAAAAAAAAAGAAAAAAAAAGAAAUUGAACAUCUGUCGACCAAAAAGAAAAAGAAAAUUAUUUGUGGGAGGUUGGUAUUGAAAGUUUAAUUUGUCUGUUAAACUGUUCAUUGCAGUUCUGUGGUUGAUGUGUGAACAUAGUAAUAGCUGUGGAUA